ACGAGAGCCGCUGGGCUCGGCCAUGGUGACCCUGCUGGACGUGGCCUGCUUCCUGCUGCUUCUGAGACCGGGGUGCCGCGGAGGACACCCACAGCCGGCCCCAGGGAACGUGUCCCUCAUCUCAGACAUGAAGCUGGACGCACGGAAGAAAACCCUGACCUGGACCAGCCGCUGGAAUGUGACUCAGCAGAAAUGCAAAAUCGACACCCCCCAGGACCCGCCCACCUGCGCGGACCCCCAGGACUCCGGCAACAACACCUUCUCCUGCGCGUUCCCCAACUCCGUGCUGCACGCCGGCGCCACCCUGACCGUGACCGUGUCCGCCGACGGGCAGCAGUUCCAGGAGGUCCUGCCGUUUCACAACCCAGGCAGGGCGGGCUCCGGCGCCGAGAACUUCUCCUGCCUCAUCUACGACACCAGCGCCAUGAACUGCAGCUGGGCCCCGGGGCCGGCCGCGCCCGCCGACGUGCGCUACCGCCUGUUCGUGUGGGCGUCCCGGGACGAGGCGGAGGCCGAGUGCCCCCAGUACCUCCUUAGCCCCGCGGGCACCCCCGUGGGCUGCCAUUUUGGGGAGCUGGCCGCGCCCACAUCCGCGGACAACUACUUCUUCCUGCUGAACGGGACCAGCAACGAGACAGACGUGCGGUUCGUGGACUUCCCCCCGUUCGUGGCCACGCAGAUGGAGAAGUACAACCCCCCGGCCAACCUCUCCGCGCGCUUCAACGGCUCCCACCACCUGGUCCGCUGGGACAACCCCAGGACGCGCUUCCGGCUGAGCAGCCACAUCCUGUGCUACGAGCUCCACCUGCAGCGCGAGGGCAGCCUGGCCGCGCGAGACCCCAUGUACCGGAGGGGACAAGACGAGAACGUGCUGCCGCUGCCCGCCGCCGCCGUCCCCGCGGGGAGCUUCCUCCGCGCGCGCCUCAAGCACGCCUACGCCGGGGCCUGGAGCGAGUGGAGCUCGCCGCUGCACCUCGGUCUCCCCGAGUCGGACCCCAGCGGCUCCUGGGUGCACCGGGCGGGCACGGCGGUGGGGGCCACGGCUCUGCUGGGCACGGUGCUGACGCUGGUCUGUAGAAGGUUCUCCCUGCAGCAAAGGCUGUUCCCGCCCAUCCCGCAGGUGAGCAGCGAGGUCGCCUGCAGCCUGGCGUCCGGCCCCCAGAAGCUCUGGGAUGGGGGAUCCCCACCAGUGGGCUGGCUGGACCCAGAGGAGGUGCUUGUGGUGCAGGAAAUGUGCCCCGCCGGCAUCACGCGCCCCGCGGAGCCGCAGGGGCCCCGGACUCGGGCCAGCAGGACGGCAGCCGCAGGGGCCCCCCGCCUGGACGGGGCGUCCAGCUCCGUCUCCGCGGGAGCAGGGAGCCGCCCGGCCAUGGCCGCCCUCUGGCUGGCCGCCCUCCUGACGCCCGCGUGCUGUCUGCUGCCCACAGGCCCGGAUCCCCGCUCGCCGCCCAUCAAGAACUUGAGGGUGGAGCCACGUGAGGGGAGACUGACCUGGGACCUCAGCGGAGGCGUCUCUGGAAUCACGUGUUCUGUCGACGCCAGCCCUGACAUGCAGGCGACAAACAACCAGUACUGUCUGGUCAAGCCCUACCUGGUUGAGAAAUGCAAGGCCAAGAACUUCACGGUCACCGUGAAGAGUCCGCAGAGGUUCUCCACAUCCAUCCUAUAUCCUCCACAAGAGGGGACGCCCGGGGCGGAGGCCGCGGGGCUGGAGUGCUGGGUGCACGACGGGACCGUCCUGACGUGCCGCUGGGGCGCAGGCCCGGCGGCGCCCCCCGACGUGCGGUACCGGCUCUACUGGGAGGACCUGGGGAGCGGCGCGGAGCGCGAGUGCGCGCGGUACCAAGUGGACGCGCGGGGCGCGCGCGUGGGCUGCAGCUUCGGGGACGUGUCCCGGGCCUCCGCCCAGCUCCAGCGCCUCCUGGUCAAGGGCCGCGCCCAGGGCUCCGCGGUGCCCUGCUCUGAGGUCAUCGCGUCGCUGAGAGAGAUUGAGAGACUGAGCGCCCCCAACCUGACCGGCACGUGCAACCACUCCCACGCCGUCCUGCGGUGGGAGCCGCCCAGCCGCCUGCAGAACUUGCUUGUCUACGAGCUGCAGCUGCAGAAGGAGGCGCAUCCGCCUGAGCAAGUGACGCUCACGGACAACUGGGUGGUGCUCCCCAACCCCGGGGACUUCGUGCUGAGGAUUAAAGCCCAGAGUUUCCUCCCCAGAAACAUCUCCAGCGAGUGGAGUGCUCCCCACCGCUUCAGUGAGUGGGGACACCCCGCUGGCCAGGAGCUGCCCGUCUCCACCUCCCUGUGCCCGUGGCUGCUGGGGCUUCAGAGGGGGCCAGGCUCACACCCAAGGCCCCUGCGUUCUCCGGACCCGGAGCCAGGCUGGCCUGUCCCCCUCCAAGCUGCACCCCUGAGCCGCUUCUGGGUCACGGUGGCCGAGUCCAUGUCCUCCUGGUCUCGGGAGGCCCUGGGGUGCAGGCCCGAGGGCGCGCGCACCGGCGAGUCCGAGGGCGCGCGCUCCGGCAUCCUGGUGGCCUUGGCGCUGGGGACGCUGCUGCCCGUGGGGGUCGUGCUGCUGCUGUGCUGGAGGUACUCGCUGGCCCAGAAACUGUUCCCUCCCAUCCCCGGGGUGAAGGACCCCCUCAGGGACCUCCUGGAGGAAAAGAUGGUGGUCUCCAAGGACACUGAGGACUGCCCCGUGGCCCAAGUGCAGGUCGUAGGGGAGACGUGAAGCUGGAUGUUCGGAGACCCUGGUUGCUGGGUUCUGGGGAUACCUGCACCCCCAGUGGUGCCCCAAAGGUGGGGCAGAGACCCCAGGGCCAGUGUGAGCUGCUGCUGAGGACCAGGCGCCGUGCUCCUUCCCAAAUAAAGAACUUUCCACCCACCCAGGGCUGCGGAGAGGAAUGCAGCUGCCAGCCCAGCACCCCGGGACCCCCU